AUGAUGUGGAAAAAAAAAUCAGCUGUUGGUUCAGACGAUAGCGAAGACCAUUCAGAAGAAGACCAGGUGGGUGAACUGCAACAUCGCAGGUCUCGUCAUAUGACUUUAGUCAACUCUCACCACCAUAUAGUGGCACCUCCACUGUCAGGAAGUCAGUCUCCUAAUACCUCGCUGCCCCGAAGACCAAAAAAAUCCGUAACGGAGCCGCUGUUGCCCUGUUGGAACGGUAUAGAUGGAGGCCCAGAAUACACCAACUAUGAAGUUUUGCCGUUGGGAAUUGCUGAGAAUGAGCUAUUCCUUCCGAACGAAAGAAGUGCCCUUUUACGUGCAAACACAGAGGAGGAAAUCCCUCGUCGUCGCAGACGGAAGAUCAGGCCCGAUAGAGUUUACAUUAAUCAAGUUGACAAUCAGUGUCAGGGAGACUGUUGUCGUGUGAAAGCGGAGGUAGAAAAAGAGAGGGAGGAAAGGCUGGAAACUCCGAACGAUAAAGAUAUGCGGAAAGCAGAGCAGGAAGCUAGAAGAGCAGAACGGGAGGUCAGAAGAGCAGACCGUGAACUCAGAAGAGCAGAAAGGGAGCAAAAACGAAACGGAAGUCGUUCCGAAAGACAGGAAAGAAGAGACGCAAGUCGUAUUGAAAGACAGGAAAGAAGAGAUGCAAGGGAAUAUAGCUCUCGUGAAGAAGGAAAUACGACGAAAGCAAAUGCAGAUGAGCUUGAAGGAAGCAAUGACGGACGUCUCGCAAUGAAAGAAGGAACCACCAGUCCUUCUGAAGUGGGCGACGUCGAAAUUAGGCCAAUAGAAGGAAAUUCCAGGAGCCAUGAAAGAAAAAAUCACAGAAAACAAUCAAAGGAACGCAGAAACAAUACAAAAGGUGGAAGGGAACUGCUUAAGCAGUUAGUUGAAGAACCUCGACCACAGUUCAGAACUUCUCCCGAAGACUGCCAGCAAGCACUCAAACUUGCCGCAAGACAGAGAGAAGAAGUUACAAAUCGCAUUCUUGAGCAUCGGCUUCUAGCUUUAGAAGAAGCCACCAAGAGACGGAGAGAGUCGAAGGCAAGACAAAGAACGGCCGACACCAGCCAGGCCGGCCUGCUGGAUACAAUAAUGGAAGCAGAGACCUCUCAGAACUCACGCAGACGUAGAAAGGAAAGAUCAGUUCCAGUGGAAGCAGACGUUGACAGAGACGAGGAAGCUGUGCGUGAACGAGAGAGACAACAUGCUGCCAGAGUGAGAGAAAGACAGCAAGUUCAUGCAGCCAGAAUCAGACAACGUGAAUUGGCACGUGAGCAGGAUGAAGCAAGAGAAUUGGCCGUGACAGAAAGAGCCGAGGCAGAACUCCGCAGACAUAUCGAGCAAGAAAAUAAUAGGCAGCGAGAAGCAGAUGAGAGGGCUCACGAGCUUCGGAUGGUAGAAGACAUGCGUGUCUCAGCAGAAGCACGGGCACUUUCGUACCUUCGUGCAGCUGAACGAGAGAGACAGAUGUUUCUCUUGCUGUCUCCACAGAGUACUUACCAUGCACGGACUAAUCCUCCUCCACGAGAUGAGUACAGCACGAUUGAUGAAGACAUUCCGCCAUAUCAUGCACAACUCCACAAGUAUUUGGAUCUUGUUGCGUAUGACGAAAGGUUUACUCCAGUGCUUCGAGUGAACAGGUACUUGAUCAGUGGAGACAGCGAAUUGACAGCAGCAAUUGAGAAGUUUACUCGGUUCAAUCUCUUACCUGAGCAGACUGAUCUUUGGUCGAUUUCACAUGUAGAUGACAAUGAUUACGAGCAGAUGAUUCCAGCUCUUAUUCCGGAGAGCAGCUACCAUGGGAAUGAGUUGGAGGGAUUUUAG